GUACUCAGAAAGAUGAAGGGCAAGACCAAUUGAGCCGCAGUAAAUCCGGUACGCAUGCAGAGCUAAAUGAGGGCACGGAUAAAAAUAUAGAUGAAUCUCUCUCAGCAGCGAGCCAACGGCCUGAGAGCGAAUAUGAAGCUCUCAGAACAAGUACAGGGACUGAGGAUCCACCAGAAACUUCAGAGGAAUCAACGUCACAAGAUCACGAAAAGAUAGCAGGAGAGGAUGGUACUCAGAAAGAUGAGGGGCAAGACCAAUUGAGCCGCAGUGAAUCCGGUACGCAUGCAGAGCAAUAUGAGGGCACGGAUAAAAAUAUAGAUGAAUCUCUCUCAGCAACGAGCCAACGGCCUGAGAGCGAAUAUGAAGCUGUCAGAACAAGUACAGGGACUGAGGAUCCACCAGAAACUUCGGAGGAAUCAACGUCACAAGAUCCCGAAAAGAUAGCAGGAGUAGAUGAUGUGAAACUUCAACACAGAUACAAUCUCGAAAGACAGAACAGAGAAGUGAACCUGCCCAAGCCACGGUCACUUUCGGACAUUUACAUUGAGCCGACGAUUACAAUGAAACAACAUGAACAUGCAUGCUUAACAGGAGAAAGUCAUACGCAUAUUCGCGAAGUUGAGUACCAUGAAGUAUUCGCACUAAACAACAUUGAUUCUGAUGAAACCACCAUCAGCGUCGUCUAUGGAGCUGCAGGGACGGGGAAAACCACCCUAAUAGAAAAGAUAAUCAAUGACUGGGCCAGGGAAGAGAAGUUUCAGGAAUUCAGUUUUGUCCUUCCUUUCAAAAUUCGGAAAUUAAAUGCAAUAAAAUCUCCAGUAACAUUAAGUAAGAUGAUCCUUGACUCAUAUCCUUACUUCGAAGAUUAUCUGGAUCAUCUGUGGAAUGAACCCAAAAGGUUAUUGUUUAUAUUUGAUGAUCUGGAGCGAUUGUAUCGACUAUUCACCCUCUCUGACACUGGUAAAAAGAGCGAUCCACGAUCCAGAUGUACCGAAACAGAGUCUGAGUAUUUUGUAAGCGAUGUCGUACGCUGUCUCCUACAGGGUGAACUUCUGAGAGGUUGCUCAGUGCUGAUCACAACUCGAGAUUGGAAACUGGAAGCUUUGCAUCAUGUAACAGCAGAUUCAAUUUUCGAAGUUAAGGGAUUCACUUCUGGGAAAGCAAAAACAUAUUUUCGCCGUUAUCUAGGCAAUGGACAGAAUGCAAAUGAAAUUUUGGAAUUCAUUGAGCAAAAUGAGAUAUUGUGGAAUAUGUGUAGUGACCCUCUGUUUUGUUUCAACCUCGCCUCGUCACUGGAGUCAUUCCAGGCACAAGGAGAAGAACAGACAACAAUCCCCAUCGGAAUCCAUACCCAGGUGCUCUCUGACUACGUUGCACAACUUCUCGCAAAAUGUGGUAACGACGGUAACACAAACCAGAAAUGUUUAAGUGUUGUUGGUGAACUGGCAGACAAGGGAAUUAGACAAAACACACUUUCGUUUGAAGGCAACGCAUUCAGGGAUCUGGAUUCUUGUCCUCCCGUGUUUAUCUCUGCGUUUAUGUACCAGGAUCCAGACAAACAGAGGGGUGGUGUUAUUUACGAAUUCAGGCACUCUGUUUUCCGAGACUUCCUUGCUGCACUUACCAAUGUCGUAAAUGCUACAAUAUCUCGACUGAAAAGAAUACUCGAUGAAAUAUCUGCAGACAUUACAGGGAGGUUCAGUAUAUUUUCAAUUUUUCUUGUCGGCCUGUGUUCUCGGAAGUCAAGUGAUCGUCUAGAGAGGGAACUGCAUGCAUUCCCAAAUGAAGUUACUUCCUGUGUCUCCGAAUGGCUCAGAAAAAGUGUCAGCAGACGCUUGAAGAACAUGGACAUGAAGCAUAAUCAAAAAAUGUUUCUGUGUAUACUGUACAGCUUACUUGAAUUUGGAGACAAUGAAAUAAUGAAGGAAGUGCUGAAUCCCAUUACAACCAUUAAAUUAAAUCACCUUCGUCUCAAAUCUACCGACUGCAUUGUUUUAUCCAGAACUUUAAUCUCCCCUGAAGUGAUUCAGGAGCUGGACCUCAGUUCAUGCUUUACACAACCAGAGGUAAUUUGGAAACUGGAAAAUCUGCUGCCCAGAUGUGUAAUUCUCAGAUUGAACCAGAAUAAGCUACAGGAUUCUGGAGUGAAGCGCCUCUUCGACGUUCUCAAACAGAGUAAAGUAAAAACACUGGCGCUGAAAUCUAACCAUCUUACAGACAAUUGUCUGGAGAGUGUCUUCUUUGUUCUGACUAAAAACCCUUCGCUUAUGCAGCUGAACCUGAGCAAUUCCAGUCAGGAUGAGAAACAGGCUAAUCAAUUUACUGUUGAAAAACUGAAAUAUUAUUAUGAGAGAUCCGCUCAGCAGAAGGAAAUAAAAUGGCUACGCAUUAAAAAUAUUGGACAAGACUUCACACGUUCCAGCAGAGAAUCAAACUGUUUAACCCUGAUAACAGACUGAGCGUCUAAAAACUUUACAUUUCAUAUGAAACAAUAUCUGAUGAUAUGGACCGUUCAGUUCAUCGCAGCCUGGUGAUAUGGAACAGAAUCUGAUGUGGACCGUUUAGUUCAUUUUAGCUUGGUGAUAACGCCAGGAUCUUUGACACUGUAGAGAACUGAAAACUUAAAAGAAGUUCUCAACUAGUUAGAGCAAACACGAGGAAAUCUGCAGAUGCUGGAAAUUUAAGCAACACACACAAUAUGCUGGUGGAACACAGCAGGCCAGGCAGCAUCUAUAAGGAGAAGCACUGUCGACGUUUCGGGCCGAGACCCUUCAUCAGGACUGACGAAGCAUUUUGUAUGUGUUGUUCUCAACUAACUUGCAGUUUUGCUUUUUGUAUCGUUGGUAGAAUGGUGGAGUGACAAGUUGGUUGCUGAAAGAGCAACCAGGCUGCAUAAGGGGGAAUCUAAUAGGGGAGGACAGAAGGCCAUGGAAAAAAUUAAAAAGGGGAGGAGCAGCAGCACAAGAGGGAGGCGAUGGACGGAAAAGUACAUAAGGUGAGAUCGAGAGAAGUGAGGGACUAUAAAAGGGGAUGGGGUGUUCUCAUUAAUGGGUUCCAGAAAUUGAUGUUCAUGACGUCAGAUUGGAGGCUACCACGACAGAAUAUAAGAUUUUUCCUCUACAUCCUUUGAUCAACUCAUUUAUCCCCGCUUAUCUCCCUCCUAAAACUUAUUCUAACUGACAGAUAUUGCAUUAACGUUUUUGGAACAUUGUCAGAAGAUCGUCUGUAUAGAAUUGUGCAAACAUUAGAGAGAAUCACCGAUCUCCAGCUGCACAGCGUUACGUUAAACCACCAUUAGCGAGCGGCAUCGGCAAUUAAAGAUGUCGUGGAGAGCAUUAGUUAUCGCUCCGAAGUGAGGGGCACACGACGGAAUUAAACCUGAAGGUAUAGAUAAUGUCUUUAGGCGUGCUAUGUUAAGUCAGAUAUACGACAUUUUGUGAAGAAUGCUUAAAGGUUGCCAAUUUACGAUGUAGCCAUUAUUAUUAAUUAUUGGAAUUACUUUUAAAAAUAAAUUGUUAAUGUUAUCCUUGUUUUGAAGCUGAAACUUCAAGUGAACAGCUGUCGUGCAUUGCCAGGUUUACAUGUUUACAGGUCGGAGGUGGUCAGGCAGAUAAUCAGAACGGUAGGCAGAACUAGUGUUAGUAUAGCAAUUACCGGCUGCUCGCUCCAUAAGACCAUAAGAUUUAGGAGCAGAGGUAGUGCAUUGAGCCCAUCGAGUCUGCUCCACAAUUCAAUCACGGGCUGAUCCAACUCUUCCAGUCAUCCCUGUCCAAUGUCUCUCACCAUACCGUUUGAUGGUCAGGCUAAUCAAUAACUUAUCUAUCUCUGCCUCAAGUGCAAACAAAAAUG